AUGGAAAUUGAUGGCUAUAAUGUUAAUCCAAAAUAUGUUGGGGCAGGUGAACAAGAUCUUCCUGAUUUUCCAGACAUUAAAUGGUAUGCAGAACAUGUGCGUGAGAGCCAAUACUUGCUUCAAAUUGUAAAAUGUAGAAAUACAGAAUGCUGUCGUCCAAGAAGUGGCCUAUUUAGAUUACUGGACAAUAGGUUUCUUCCACCACCUGUAAAAGUGAAACAAACAGUUGAUGACUCGGUUUUGGAUGAAGGACGGCAAUUUCUUAAUCUUCCAGUCAAUUUAGCUCUACGCUUAAAUGCUUCACUCAAAUAUUUCCUGCAAAUGCCCUACGAUUAUUUUUGUCCGACGAUUAUAUUGAUAGCAAAAAAGAAAUUGACUGAACAUCAGGAGCAGGCAUUGCAAUGCGAAUUCCGUUUCAUGGAAUAUAAAUAG